AUGGCAUCUGAUGGAGGGAAUUCGAAUGCAGGAUCUACGAAUGAAAAGGCAGUGACUGGAACAGGAGGACAACAACCAAGUGAGCAAGAUCCAAAAGAGGGAAAGAAAUUCUUCAAAUUUGUGUUCAAUGUCAACAAAAAAGUCACCGACGAAACGGAAAUGACUCAGGAUUUUAUCAAUGACCUCAAACAUUAUCAAGAAUUUGAUGAAACCGUCGGAAAAUGCUCGUCUUACUUGGAGAAUAUUUUCAUUCCAUUCUCCUCCAAAAGCUCUAAAAAUGAGGAAGAUUCGUUUGCUCGGUUGGCAAAAGCACUCGGAGAAUUCAAGAGUUAUGUCCCACAAAACCACGUACCAGCAUUCGAGAACUUUUCUGCGAAAAUGAAGGCGGCAGCAGCAUCAAGGAAAAGUUAUCAGGCUGUUCAAUCAUAUCAUAUUCGUCAUAUGAAACGGUUCCACGAACAACACUAUGAUCCAUUCAUGGCACAAAGAAAGAGAUUUGAUGAUGCUCGUAGAAAAAUGGAUCAGGCUAAAGCCGAUGUUCGUGAUGCAAAAACAACGACCGCAAUUGAGAAAAAAGCGAUUUGCUAUCAAUUGACAGUUGAUGAUUUUGAUCAACAAACUGAGGAUUUGAUAAAGAUAAUCGAGGAACUUCCGAAAGUGAAACAAGGAUACGUUCGAGACAUUUUCGUUCUUCUCACCAAACAUAAACUCUACCAUAUUGAUAUGAGCAAAUACUUUGCUGCUUCUUGCAUCUGA